UUUAUCCAAUACCAAAUCUAUUUGUCCAAAUACAUACAUAUAUAAUUUGCAUUUAAAUUGUAUAUAAAUUUGAACAAGCAAAUCCGCAAAUCAAAUGAAAAUCUGUAAAGAAUGGUUCAGAGCAGGUUGGUAUGCUGCCUAUAUUGUGCUCUAUGUUUGCGCGUAUCCGGCGAGAGAUCGAUCGAACGAGAUGUACAUUAGCAGCUCGAGAUUAUUCAAUCCGGAAUCAACUAACGGUUAUGGCUUCGAGGAAGAGGUAUCCGCGACUAAAUUAUUCGAGAUUCACGACGAUAGUGUAGAGAAGUUUGAGGAGGAUAGCCCAUCGAGAACGAUCGCCACAAGAGCAAAGAGCAAUGCGGCCCUACUACCUUUGAUCAUAGAACCCGAGGCAGAGAUGCUGCCGCGUGGUUAUAAGGGCGUGAAGUCGCCUGGAGUCACCCACAUGGAGUUUGCAUUUGUGAAACCGCAAACUGACACGUCAAUUCGCGAUAGCACGACAUUACGAGCUUUGAUGAUAAACGAUGACAAGAAUUCCGGUAAAUUCGGUGGACUUGAUCGAGAUGACGAUGCGCAUUAUGCCGCGUCAAAGCACGAGAUUGCAAAAAAUGAUCCAGGUAGCGAGAAAGAUCCUGGUCUCGUUGUUCUCGAGGUAGGUUUAAAAAAUGAUUUGAAGCAGAAGAGCAAGAAGACCGAGGAUACUGAAGCUUUCGGUGCGGAAAAGAGUCAUUUGGAAAGUGAGGGUUAUGCGAAGAAUCAUAAAGAAAAAGUCGUAAAGAAAAAGCAAAAUAUUUACAAGGCUGGAAAUGAUCGUGAGAAGACUUAUGCCGCUGGAUAUUACAAAGAUGAAUUCGAAAAGAACGCCGAUUUCUACGAUAACGGAGGUCAGAGAAACCAACACUUUGAGAAGGACGAUCGAUACGGCGGGAAACACGCCAACGCCGAAGACACGUACGCGAAAGACAAUAGUAACAGUUCCAGAUUAGUCAAGGUGGAAGCUAACGAGUAGGGUAAGUUCGAAAAGAUAAGAACCGACCGAGAAGCCCAAGGUCACGCUACGAUGGAUUCUUCGGGAACUUUGACGGAUUCAUAAAGCAGACUGGCUUAGCGAAUGGUUGAAAGUUCGCUUUCAACAAUGACAGCUCGAUAAGUAUAUGGCGUUUGUGUGAGUUACGAUUAUACGAUGACUAUUGAUUUAAAGAGAAAUUUAAAAAUGGUUAAACAUAUAUGUUUAAAUGUACAUUUAAUAUUGGAUUGAAUAAAAUGUGCAUUUAUUCAUGUAUUUAAAUAUAUACAUAUUUUCAUUGUAUUUUACAUCAUAUAUUUUAUCUGUGCAUUGUGUGUUUAUAAAAUACAAAAUUAAAUAAAAGCACGCUGCUUUUAUAUUUACUUACGUGUAAUGUUGA